AUAUUAAAACAACAAGCAACCCCCUUUUUCUCCACGAAACCUUUCUCCAAUGGCAUCCUCCCUCCUCACUUUCUCUCUCCUCUUCUUCAUCGCUCUCUCCUCCGCCGUCGCAACUGCCGACGAUGACAUCCUCAUCCGUCAAGUCGUCUCCGGAGAUACCUCAUCGGUUGACAACAACGACCUCCACCUGAACUCUGAGCACCACCACUUCUCUCUCUUCAAAUCAAAGUUUAACAAACGGUACUCCUCUCAGGAAGAACAUGAUCUCCGAUUCUCAAUCUUUAGGGCAAACCUUCGCCGUGCGAAACGCCAUCAGGCGAUCGAUCCCACCGCUGUUCACGGCGUUACGAAGUUUUCCGAUCUUACGCCGAAAGAGUUCCAAGAGCAGUACCUUGGAUUUAAAGGAGGUAAGAGGAAGCUGAGACUUCCCUCUGAUGCGAAUAAGGCACCUGCGUUGCCUACCGAUGGUCUUCCUGAGGAUUUUGAUUGGCGCGAACAUGGCGCUGUUACUGAUGUCAAAAAUCAGGGUUCAUGUGGAUCAUGCUGGUCUUUUAGUGCCACAGGAGCGUUAGAAGGUGCUAAUUAUCUUGCAACGGGAAAACUCGUUAGUCUAAGUGAGCAACAACUGGUGGAUUGUGACCACGAGUGUGAUCCUGAAGAACGCAACUCAUGUGACUCUGGCUGCAAUGGUGGGUUGAUGAAUAAUGCAUUUGAGUACGUCCUGAAGUCUGGUGGUAUUCAACGCGAGGAAGAUUAUCCUUACACCGGUACUGAUCGUGGUACCUGCAAAUUUGACAAAAGCAAGGUUGCUGCAACAGUGGCUAACUUCAGUGUGGUCCCUCUCGACGAAGACCAAAUUGCUGCGAAUUUGGUUAAGAAUGGUCCUCUAGCAGUGGGUAUUCAUGCAGGGGCCAUGCAGACAUACAUUCGUGGAGUUUCAUGUCCGUUGAUUUGCUUGAGGAGUUUGGACCAUGGAGUGUUGUUAGUUGGCUACGGGUCUGCUGGUUAUGCUCCUAUGAGGUUCAAGGAAAAGCCAUACUGGAUCAUUAAGAAUUCCUGGGGACCUAACUGGGGAGAUCACGGUUAUUACAAAAUCUGCCGAGGCCACAAUGUUUGUGGUGUAGACUCCAUGGUCUCGACUGUAGCUGCUGUGAACAUUCAGGCUACCCAGUAAAAUUUAAAAGACUAUGUUGGCAUUGUCCAUUUGAUUAUUGGAUGAUACCCAUUGUAAAUAUACGUAUGCUUUUCCAUAGAUACUUAUCUUGACGUUCAGUCCUCAGAGUAACAAUUGAGUGACUUCUUAUAAGUAACCAAACCGGAGGAAUCAUAUGUAACUAAGUACUGAUUUGGUUCUAUGCUACUUUAUCUUUAGCA